UAGGGUUUUUCUUAUUAGGGUUUAAAGACGAGAAAGGGAGAGAGAGAGGAAGACGACGAAGAAGAAGAGAUGGGGAAGACGGUGUAUAUGAGAUUGAAGGGGAGCCACCACCUCCGGCAGCGGCUGGUCCUGGCUACGCUUUCCGCCACCCCGAUCGUUGUCGAGGAGAUCCGGGCCGACGACUCCUCGCCGGGGCUCCGCUCGCACGAGGUCUCCCUCCUCCGCCUCGUUGAGAAGGUCUCCGACGACUGCACCGUCGAGAUUAACGAGACCGGAACGAAGCUUAGGUACAAGCCGGGAGUUUUGAUUGGAGGAAAACAUUUGGUGCAUGACUGCGGCCUGAGCCGUUCCAUUGGGUACUUCCUCGAGCCACUGAUUCUGCUGGGCUUGUUCGGGAAGAAGCCCCUUUCCAUAAGGCUCAAAGGAAUUACAAAUGAUUCGAAGGAUCCAAGUGUUGAUACUUUUAGGACAACCACAUUGCACAUGCUCAAGCGUUUUGGUGUUCCUUUAGAAGGAUUGGAGUUGAAAAUUGAAAGCCGGGGUGCUCCUCCUCUUGGUGGUGGAGAGGUUAUUCUUGGAGUUCCUAUUGUACCUAAUACUUUAUCGGCAGCCCAUUGGGUAGAUGAAGGAAUGGUAAAGAGCAUUAGGGGAGUAACAUUCUCUACCAGGGUGUCUCCUCAGAUUGGGAAUCGUAUGAUAUAUGCUGCUCGUGGAGUCUUUAAUCGCUUUAUUCCAGAUGUUCAUAUAUUUACUGACCAUAGAUCUGGUCCAUCUGCAGGGAGGUCUCCAGGCUAUGGCAUAUCUGUAGUUGCGGAGACUACUUCAGGCUGCUUGAUCUCUGCAGAUACUACAGUGAGUUAUCCAAAAGCUGAUGAAAUGGAAGAAUUUGAAGAUUCUGAUGAGAAACCAGAGCUGAUGCCGCCAGAAGAUGUUGGCGUUCAAGUUGCUUCAAUGCUGCUUGGGGCGAUAGAGCAAGGAGGGGUGGUAGAUUCAACACACCAGGGCUUGCUAUUUCUUCUUUGCGCACUAUGCCCACCGGAUGUGUCCAAGGUUCGUGUGGGAAAGCUCACACCAUACGGUAUAGAAACACUUAGAAAUAUUAGUGAUUUUCUUGGUGUCAAGUUUGUAAUCAAGCCCGACCCAACGACAGACACCGUCAUACUCAAAUGUGUUGGAUCUGGAAUGAAGAAUCUCUCGAGAAAGAUCUCGUGACCAGCCAGUGAUGCUCAUGGAAGGUGUUUUAGAUGCUCUCAAAGAUGUAGCAACGUUGGCCCGAUUUUCUCCUGACUCUUCUUGUACUAAGUAUUUGCCUUUUGAGGCUUGGUUAUGAAUCAUUAUAAAACUGAGAUGUUAUUUAAAGAGAGUGUGUCCAUUGUAUAGUAGCAGUUGCUGCUAAUGCUAGGAAAGAGGCUUUAAUGGGUAGCAGCAUGGUGGUUAGACGAAUCUCUUGCUACUAAUUUCUGUGUCAACUUCUGAUAUAUUCUUUUCUACCUAUUCUAGUCGUUGGCGGGUAGAAUCUUUUGUUAACGAACUUUAUAUUUUCUUUAAACCAAGGUGAUUUAACU